ACUAUCGUGGGUGGGUAGACCAGCUCUACUACCUGGGUCAACACAUACAAAAGUGCAUUGAAAAGUUUAAAGAAAUAUGCCAGUUUGUAAAUGUUUAACUUUCUGUUUAGUUGUAAUUGGCAAAUAGAGUAAAAGUAGUUUUCGGUUGCUUGUGUACGUGAAAUGUUAACUCCAUUUGCCUGCUUUCGUUUAUAUUGCGGGGUGGGUGUGUGUGUGUUUGUUCGCCUUCUGAUUGGAGAAAAAUGAACGGACAACAACAACAGCGGAUGAAGUGUGCAGAGUGCAGCAAUUAAGUUUAAUUAAGCCAAACAAUUGGAUGUGAAUGGUCUGAGCUGUGCUGUUGCCCCCGAAAAGUGCAUUUAUUAAGGCGAGUUCCGAUCUGUCUGUGAAUCCAAAGUGAAGGCAUCAACGCCGCAGAACAGACGAAAUGCCACCGUUGAAAACAUACCAGAUACACCACCACGAAUACAAUGGCAAUUCCAGUCCGAACGCGAACACGAAUGCCAAUCAGAACGCCAAUCAGAAUCCCACCGGUGAUGGCGAUGGUGACUUCUUUGGCCAAAAUCUGGGACUGGGCGCUACGGCGGCCAGCCAUCGCACAAAUCUGCCCUCCUACUGCAACGCCCAGUAUCCGUUUAAGGUGCUCUCGAAUCUCAACCAGCUGCGCGAGCAGUCUCGCUUCUGCGACGUGGAGAUCAUCGCCGGAAUGGCCACAUUAAGUGCGCAUCGAGCUGUUCUGAGUGCGGCCAGUGCAUACUUCGAGGCCAUGUUCCGACCCGAACUGGGACUGAACGAGGUCAAGCAGAAGUCCGUGGUGCUGCACACCAUCGACGGCGACAUACUGCACAUUCUGCUCGACUUUAUCUACACGGGUCGCUGUGAAAUCACCCAGUCCAAUGUCCAGGAGCUGCUCGCCGCCGCCGACAUGUUGCAGCUGAACGAGGUGGUCGACGGGUGCUGCGAGUUCCUCUGCCGCGAGCUGCACGCCUCCAACGCACUGGGCAUUUUACGCUUCGCAGAGGCCCACAACUGCGAGUCGUUGGCCAAGAGUGCACUGAACUUUGUCCACGCCAAUUUUCCAGCGAUAACGCUGGAGGAUGAGUUCCUAGAAACGCCACAGACUCUGCUCUCGCAGCUAUUGAAUUCGGAGCUGCUGCGCGUCGACUCGGAGUCGCAGGUGUUCCAGGCAGCUCUCCGCUGGAUUAAGCACGAUGUGACCCAGCGCCGUUGCUACGUCUUCGAUGUCCUGUCCCACGUUCGCAUGGCCCUCGUGCCGGUGAAGGUGAUCGACAAGGCUCUCAAGGACGACUGUCGCGACAUGUCGGUGAAAAUAGCCUUGCGUUCCAUUUGCCGGGACAUUGCCUCCAAACGAGGCCAACUGGUGCCGCUGCGCGUCUGUCCUCGGCAACUGGCCAAGAAGAACAUCUAUAUCAUUGGCGGAUCUCAUCGGGACACGCCGCGCACCUGGAACUCGGCCGAUUGCAUCUUCGAGACGGUAGCCAAGUUCGACAUAUUCCGGCGCGAGUGGACGGAGACGGCGCCCAUGGAGGUGGGCCGCAUCCUGCCGGGCGUGUCGGCUUUGAAUGGCAAGAUCUAUGUGGUCGGUGGAGAGCGGGGCUCACAGAUUCUGGCCAAUGGCGAGGUAUACGAUCCACAGAACGACGUGUGGCAACCGAUAGCCCCGAUGAUUGUGCCGCGCUGCGAGUUUGGGCUCUGCACCAUGGGCGGAAAUCUGUUUGCAGUGGGCGGCUGGAUUGGUGACGAUAUCGGCGGCUCCAUGGAGUGCUAUGAUCCAGAGCAGGAUCUCUGGAAAUUAAUGGGUAGCAUGCCCCAGCCUCGAUUCAGCAUGGGUGUGGUUAGUUUCGAGGGUCUCAUCUACAUUGUAGGUGGCUGCACAACAACAACCCGUCAUCUGCCGGAUCUUAUCAGCUUCAAUCCGGUGACCAAAGAGUGGACCGAGCUGGCUCGCAUGCAAACGGCCCGCUGCCAAAUGGGCGUGGCCGUUCUGGAUCGCUACUUGUAUGUGGUUGGCGGCAGCAGUAUCAGCCAGGACAUUCUCAGCUCCGUGGAACGCUACAGCUUUGACGAGGACAAGUGGACGACUGUGUGUGCCCUGAACGUUCCCAGAGCCAUUCCUGCCGUGGCCGCUGCCGAUGGCCUACUUUACGUUGCUGGCGGUGAUCAGCCCUGUGAGGUGAACUUUUACCGAGCACAAGUGACUAUUAAUGCUGUCGAAUGCUAUGAUCCGCUAUCGGACACCUGGAAAAAUUGCCCCGAUCUACCAGUUAGUCGUUCGGAGGCUGGGGCAGUGGUUGUUUAAAAACUGGAGGGAAAAUGGUCAAAGUCGAACACAAAAUCUCUUGUCGUUUUAAGCAUAACCACCCACAUGUAAAACACUCUUUAACUGUAGCUCUAUGGCAUUGUAUACGUUACACACUCAUCACAAGUCUCUUCCCUUUUUUUCGAUUUAAUUGAACGUAGUGGUCUCUCGCCAAAGAUAUGUAAGCGCGUUGUUACGGUUGAUGUUGUUUGUGGGAGCAUAGCGCAGCUAUUCACCAGUUAGUACACAUGCUAAUAGUUAGCCACGAAAGAAGCAGCCAGCCUCAGAUUGUUCCGUAGUUGAAGUUGUCGACCUUUAUAAAAGCGAAACCAAACACCGAAAACUAAGCAUUCACUUUGACAAAAAGUCUAUUGAAGUAUCGUAAUUGCUGAACAUUAUUUGAAUUGAUUAUUUGUUUACUUUCCAAUUAUGUAUUUACUUUUAUUGUUGAAUGCUGAAUGGAGUGUUAGGAACAAUGUUUGAGGAGCCCUUGAGAAGAGCGUAUCUCCACUGAACUUUGUAAUUGUAUGGAUUUCAGGGCCGUUUUCUCAUCUUCCUGUUAAUUAAAUUGCAGUAUUUUUCGCACACUUCAUAUAUUUACACUCAUACGUUAGGGAAACUUAUAGACAUCCGAUAAUUCUUUGUUGUAAGAAUUAAUUUUCAAUAUUGUCUCCCUGGUUUUUCAUUAUAUUAAAAAGUAUAACAUACCUUGACGGUUUAAUUAUCAUCCCAUCAAACAAGAAUCGUUAGCCAGAAGAUGAGAAGAAUCCCUGUCUGUAUCAAAGCAAAUUAAUACAAACAAUCAAAAAAAAGCGAACUGUAUUCAUAAUAGGUGUAUUAUCGAAAUAAAUAUACGAAUUAUUAACUAACAACUUAAAA